AUGAGACACCAGAAGCUGAUUAAACUCAACGACGACGAAUUGAUUUACAUGAUUGCAUCUGUCAUUGUGCUCAUGAAUUUAAGAACUGGAUUGCAGAGGUUUUUUCGUGGACAUAAAUCUACAGUCACUGCGAUCGCAUUGCAUCCAUUUGAGGAUAUGGUGGCGAGUGCAGACACCACAAAAGGGAACCAUGUUCUUGUGUGGAAUUCGAUUUCAUUGGAAGUUGUUGCAAAGAUCGAAACCUCUGUGGAAUCCAUGCCAGUCGCCAUGUCUUUCUCAGUGGAUGGUUCAAAUCUUUUGGCCUGUUUUCAAGGCUCCGAAGACUGCAUGAUAUCGUUCCUGUGGAAGUCUAAUCUUCGUGAGUCCCUGGUGAGAACGAAAUGUAGUGAGAUCCUAUCACUGGCCAGCCAUCCGAAUGGAGAAAUGUUUGUGACAUGUGGGGUCAACCAUCUGAAAUUUUGGAAGAAGCGGCGAUCUCAACUCACUAAGCAAAAUGCUGAUUUCGGCACCUCAAAUAAGGUGGGGAUGCUCUGCGUGUGUUUCACGCGUGUUGACGACAUAUUCUUCACGAUUACUGGGGCUCAAAACGGCUAUUUCUACAUCUGGAAGGAUCACACUCUUGAGCGUGCUGUUCUUGCCCAUGUUGGUCCAAUCCUUGACGUCAGUGUGGCUGACCGAAGCAUGGUCACUUGUGGAGCUGAUGGACAGAUCAGAGUAUGGGAGGCAGAUUUGAAGACAAGUUCCCGUCUCAAUUUCAGGGAGCUGGUCCAAGAGUUAGAUUGUUUGAGUUCGAUGCAACAGUGUGUCAUCAGCUCCUUGCGUGAGUCAGGUAUUCUGAUGCAAUUUCAUGCGAACGAAGUGCCUUGUUCAGUUUCAACGCAUCCGAGCAAGCAGAAGGUUAUCAGCGUGUCCGAUGACAAUACUUUACGCGAAUGGAGCAUCGAACAGAAGUCUCAAACUCUCUUCCUUCGACUUCAGAAACCCUGCACGACUGUCGCAUAUUCUUCGAAUGGAGAUGUGUACGUAGGUUAUCGAGAUGGUUCAAUAUGCAGGAUUGAUUGGGAGUCGUCAUCCAGCGAAACCACUGUCAGCAAAUGCUCCGCGUCACCUAUAGAGCUGAUGAAGUUUUCGCAUUCAGGAAAGUACAUGGCAUGUGCGUCGAGUGAUGGCGUUUUGCAUGUUCUUGAUACCACGGGUGGAUAUGAAAGAAUAUCUUCUUUCAAGGGGCACACAUCUUCAAUCACGGAGAUUGAUUGGGAUCUUUCCAGUCGCUAUCUGCGGAGCACGAGCAUUUCUCUCGAACUAUUUUUCUGGGAGGUUGGCUCGAAAUCAAGAGUUGGCAAAGUCAUUGAUAUCAAAGAUAUCAACUGGAUUACAUACAAUUGUACAAUAGGCUGGUAUAGCGCUGGUUUGAUCAGCUCAACCUCUGAUGAAAGAGACAUUCUGUCUUCAGAUAGAUCCGAAGAUUUGUCCUUGCUAGCCGUUUCCCGAAAUGAUGGAAGGAUACAACUUCUUCCUUUUCCAUGUCACUUGCCAGAUCAUGAUUCAGUCAGCAUCUUUGCACAUCUUCCAGCUGCUGCAAAAGUGAAAUUUACUUGUGAUUCCCGAAGGCUGAUUUCUAUUGGAGGUAAUGAUGACGCUGUCAUGGUGUGGAGA